CCCUGCAGCUCAGAAGUUCAGAGUUUUAGAACAAGACAGAAGUUGUCAGGAGAGGAAAGGAGGAAAAGUUUUUGUGUUUGUUCCUCUUUUACGUCUUGUUUUUCCUUUCCUGUGGUUGUGAAGUGUGUGACACAAGGUGAAGGACUCGCCCCCCUCUGGACUGGAAGCAUUACAGGUGCUGAGGACUUCUGUGUGUCAAUAUUGAAGGAAAGUGAAGGGUGCAGCAGAUGAGAACCAUGAUCUACAGCACUGAAAUGAACUAGGCUGCUCGCUUCAAGGAAGAUGUUCAACUUCAACAAGAACUGAAAUGAUCAGACAGUAUUAAGACCAGAGGAUCGAUGAUCGUGGGGCUGAGGAGCGGGGACGUGAGGGCUAACAUGGUGACACUAAUUACCGAGAAGCUACAGAACCAAAGCCUGGAUGAUCGCUCAUGCAAAACAUACAACAUUAAUCUGCGCUCUUCUGAGAAGCUGAACAAUGGUGGCACCUUGUUCCCUUACGAAAUCAAUGAGGACAGUCCCUGGAAAAUGAUUGACAGGGCUUGUCCAAUAAGGACGGAACUGAACAAGAACUCGAUUUUUCCUUUUUCUAUGUGUCCCUAUAGCACCGGCACUCCAGCCAACUUUACUCUGCCAUGGCAGAACGAGUCCUCCAAUCAGUCCUUAUUAUCGGGUUGGAUAAGAGAACUUAAUCUCAAUGACAGCUUUGGACAGCCACUGGCACCGCCGACGAAAAGACACUGCAGGUCACUGUCUGAGCCAGAUGAACUUUCUCGCUGUCGGUCACCCUGGAAACCAGGCAAUUCCAAGGUUUGGACUCCCGUUUCAAAGAGGCGAUGCAACAGCGGUGGCAGUGCCACUUUACAGCGCUGUAACAGUCACGGCAGCGCCACCUUGCAGAGAAGCACAAGUGUCUGCCUGCCGCAGAACGCCCCGUCUCUUAACAACAACAACAAUGUGUUCACAGUGCCUGCCUGCAACACAUCUCCUGUCCCAAGGCCCUCUUCUGCCAGCAGCGGCUUUGUGGAUGGUAGCGAAGGAAGCACAACCUCCAGCAUACGUUGGAACUCUGGUGGCCCUUGUGACUUCAGUCCAAGGAGGCGCCUUUCUCUGUCUCAGGAGCACAUCACAGAGCCAGGAGAUAUUUUGCCUUCAGCCAACAGCACACCAACAUCUACCCCAGAGUUGAGGCGGCGCCAGGGCUUACUGCGGUGUCGUUCCCAGCCGUGUGUGUUAAAUGAGAGGAAAGCCCGGCUAAAGCGCAGACGUGAUGAGGACGUACGGUGGAGCAGGCCAUCUAUAGAUUUCUUUAAAAUGACUCGGACGUCUAAAAGCCUUUGCUCUUUGGACUAUGAAGAUGACGAAGAUCCCCACCUUAAAACCAUUGUCUCCUCUCCCUGCGAUUCCAAUGACCUCAUGAAUAUCAUCACUCCUGGAUCCAGUCCUGUGAAGGAGACCACAGAUGAAGGGAUCCAUUCAAGGGAUUUUAGGAGGGAAGCCACUGUGAGUGAAAGCGAGGAAGACUUAAGCGACUGUGAAUGCAUCGAGGGCCCCAUGGUUCAGAUGAAAUGUGAUGAUCUGGAUCUGGAGCAAAUAGAGAAUAACUAAACCUUGAUUUGCCUCCGGUCGUGGCACUCCCUUUGCCGCUAUUGCUUUCCUUUUGAGUCCCGCAGAACGUGUUGGAGAGUAGUCAUCUGUUUAGUUUAACGAAACAAAUGAUAAAAAGACUGAACUUGAAAACAUGGUUUCUACCUGGCAGCAGUAUUCGGCCUAGUAUGUGUGGCUCAACGUAUAAAGUCAAAUAGAUAUGUAUGUACUCAUUAGGUUUCCUAUGGGAAAGUAACUUAUCUACAAGUUCUUACUGAGAGUGCCUAAAUAUUUGUUACUCAGAGUACAGGGAAAAGGGGAAGGGGGGGUGGGUUCGGGAAGGACUACUAUUUUUUUAAGCUAAUUUCAUAAUUAUGUAACCUCACUUUUGGCGGGGUGUGCUAGACAAAAAAAGCGAGUACAAUUUGUUUACUUUUUGCGAACGUCUCACAUACUGGGCUGCCAAGCUCCGCAACCGCGAAAGGAAAUCGUCAGGAGUUUUAUGGAAACCUAAAAUACAAAAAAAAAUAAUAAAUGUAAAAAGCAGAAAAAAAACUUAACAGAUAUUUUUGCAUUUCUAUGGCUUUUACAGUUCUGGAAAAAAAAAUAUGAAAGCAUCUCUAUUUUGAAAUGAAUUUUCUGAAGGGCAUUUUAUAAACCUAAAUCUUUGUCUGCCAUGAUUCUGGUGCAGGUAUAAGUUCUAUUUUUUGUUUUUGGAAGAUCGAUGACGUUUUUGUCUAAAUGGAUAUGGAGAAUGUUAUUGAUAACGACCAGUCCAACAAAACCAAAAUAACCGCUCUAGGAUGUUUUUUUAUAUUGAGUGGUUACAAAACUACAUGUACAAGCAUGUUUUUUGUUUAGGUUUCUUGAUCAAAAUGUACUAGUGACCUGAAAGGUUAAGGAGAUGGGAAGGCCUAUACAUUUGCUACUUGAAUUGUAUUUGUUUUCUAUCUUGAACAAAAGUGACCGUAAUUUACGUUAUGUGCAUUUCCAAAAAAGUGCAAGUAGUUACAUGCCUUGUAGGUCAUUCUUACGUUCGAUUUUUUUUUUUUUUUUCUAACGUUCAAAAGAAUGUAUCAAAGCACUUGAACUUUAGACUUGGACUUUUGUAAUGAUCAAUUCCACAGGAAGAGAAAAUACACUCAGCAAUAGAAGGCAAUUUUGUCCUUUAAAUAAAAAAAAAUCAAUUUGGUUUGCAAAAA